AUGUCCCAUCUCCCGCUGACCCGCGCCUCGGUCGAAGACGCUCAUGCGCUCAUACAACCCCACAUCCACCGCACGCCCGUCCUGACAAACACCACGCUAUCGAGCCUCGCAUCUACGCCUCAAACUACCGAUGCGCUGAAAGGAACACAAUGGGAGGGACAGCAGCCCGCGAACCCCAAGUUCAAGCUGUUCUUCAAAUGCGAGAAUUUCCAGAAGAUAGGCGCGUUUAAAGUGCGCGGCGCGUUUCACGCGGUGAUACGCCUCAUACAAGAGCGGGGCAUUGAAGAAGUGAGGAAGAGCGGGGUGGUCACGCAUAGCAGUGGAAACCACGCGCAAGCCCUCGCCCUCGCGGCGAAAUCCUUCCAAAUCCCCGCACACAUCGUCAUGCCAAAGAUCAGCACGCCCUCCAAGAUCGCCGGGACGCAGGCCCAGGGCGCUAUCGUGCAUUUCAGCGGAUCUACCGCGCAAGAGCGCGAGGCCGCCGUCGCAGAGGUUAUUGCACAGACAGGCGCUACUUUGAUCCCGCCGUACGAUCAUCCGAACAUUAUUCUCGGCCAGGGCACCAUGGCGUUGGAGAUACAGAAAGAGGUUCAAGAGCUUCUUCAGGGGAACUCAGAGCUUGGUGUGCACGGGGACGUACGUGGGAUAGAUGCGGUGAUUGCGCCGUGUGGGGGUGGAGGAAUGCUCUCUGGGAUUGCAGUUGCGCUUCACGACACAGGCGUCAAAGUGUUUAGCGCAGAGCCGAGUUUCCAGGGCGGCGACGAUGCGCGGCGAGGCGUGGAAGCUGGGGAGAGGAUUACGACUGUCAAAACACUUACCAUUGCGGAUGGGCUGCGGACACCGCUAGGCGAAUACACCUGGAAGAUCAUCUCGGAUAAGAGCUAUGUGAAGGGGCUGUACGCUGUCACGGAGCAGAAUAUCAAGGAUGCGAUGAAGCUGGUGCUGGAGCGGAUGAAGUGCUUCGUCGAGCCGAGCGCGGUCGUUGGCCUCGCGACGAUCUUAUACAAUGAGAAUUUCCGGAAGAUGGUGGAGCAGGAAGCCCCGGAGGAGGGGUGGAAUAUUGGAGUCGUGUUCAGCGGAGGAAAUACCACAAUUGACGCUAUCACCAAGAUGUUCGCUGACGUGCCGGAGGAGACAAAGGAGAGGGAAGAAGGCGUUCUGGGGAGUGACGGGAAGAGGGUAGCGGAGAAUGUCGCUGGAUGA